CUUGAACCGCCACCAUGCCGUUGCGUCUGGACAUCAAGCGCCAGCUGAGCGCGCGCAGCGAUCGCGUCAAGGGCAUCGAUAUUCAUCCCACAGAACCUUGGCUCUUGGUUGCCCUCUACAAUGGCUCGGUCCACGUCUGGAACUACAAUUCUCAGACCAAAAUCAAGACCUUUGAAGUCACAGAGCUUCCCGUGCGCGCGGCUCGCUUCAUUGACCGCAAAAACUGGAUUGUCACCGGCUCGGAUGAUAUGCGCAUUUCCGUGUUCAACUACAACACGCUGGAAAAGGCGCACAGCUUCGAGGCCCACACUGAUUACAUCCGCGCCCUCGCCGUGCACCCCACACAGUCCUACGUCCUCUCCUCCUCCGACGAUGCCACCAUUCGCAUGUGGGACUGGAAUGCCAACUGGGAAUGCAAACAGGCAAGUGUCUUUGAGGGGCACUCGCACUACGUCAUGGCCGUGACCUUCAAUCCCAAGGAUACCAACACGUUUGCCUCGUGCUCCCUGGACCGCACCAUCAAGGUUUGGCAGCUUGGCGCCGCCCAGCCCAACUUUACCCUGCAGGGUCAUGCCAAGGGCGUCAACUGCAUCGACUACUUUCCCGGAGGUGAAAAGCCCUACCUGGUCUCUGGUGCCGAUGACUGCACCGUCAAGAUUUGGGAUUACCAAAGCAAGGCCUGCGUUGCGACGCUUGAGGGACACACUCAGAACGUGUGCGCUGUUGCCUUUCAUCCCGAGCUCCCCAUUGUGCUGACGGGCGCCGAAGACGGCACCAUCCGCGUCUGGCACUCCAACACCUACCGCCUUGAGAACACCCUCAACUACGGUAUGGAACGCGUCUGGGCCAUGAGCUGCCGCCUCGGCACCAACAACGUGGCCAUCGCCUACGACGACGGUGCCAUCAUGGUCAAGCUGGGACGUGAAGAACCGGCCAUGUCCAUGGACAACAAUGGCAAGAUCAUCGUCACCAAGCACAACGAAGUUCAACAAGCCAACGUUCUCAAGCUGGAGGACUCGAUCAAGGACGGCGAACCCCUGCCCCUCGCCAUGAAGGAGCUGGGCUCGUGCGAGAUUUUCCCGCAGUCCCUGUCGCACAAUCCCAACGGCCGCUUUGUGGUGGUGUGUGGUGAUGGCGAGUACAACAUCCAUACUGCGCUCUCCUUCCGCAACAAGGCCUUUGGUCAGGCUCUUGAGUUUGUGUGGGGUGCCGAUGCCUCAGAGUAUGCCACUCGUGAAAGCAGCUCCAAGGUCAAGCUGUUCAAGAACUUUAAAGAAAAGGCAACCCUCAAGCCCGACUUUAGCGCCGAAGGAAUUUUCGGUGGCACGCUCCUUGGUGUGCGCGGCUUUGGAACGCUGAGCUUUUACGACUGGGAGAGCCUGCAGCUGAUCCGUCGCAUUGAAAUCGACGCCGUCAACGUGUUCUGGUCCGAGGCUGGCGAUAAACUCACAAUCGUGACCAAUGACGACACUUUCUACAUGCUGUCCUACAAUGCCGAUGCUGUUGCCGAGGUUGUGGCUUCGGGCGGUGAGAUUGAUGAGGAAGGCAUCGAAGAUGCCCUUGAGGUGCUGGAGGAGAUUGCAGACUCGGUCAACACUGCUUGCUGGGUGGGUGACUGCUUCAUCUACACCAACAAGGGCAACCGCCUCAAUUACUACGUUGGUGGCGAGAUUGUCACCGUCUCCCACAUGGAUCGCUCCAUGUACCUUCUGGGUUACCUCAGCCAAACCGGCCGCGUGUACUUGGGUGACAAGGACCUGAACAUCAUCUCCUACAAGCUCCCGUUGGCGGUCCUCGAAUACCAGACGGCUGUCAUGCGCGGCGACUUUGAGGCUGCUGAUGAAGUCAUGCCCAACAUUCCUGCUGAUCAGCGCACGCGCGUGGCUCACUUCCUCGAGAAGCGGGGCUUCAAAGAGCAAGCUCUGGUCGUUUCCACAGACGCCGAACACCGUUUCGAGCUUGCUCUUAGCCUGCACAAGCUCAUCGUCGCCCGCGAGCUGGCCCAGGAGUUGGACAACGUGCACAAGUGGAAGCUGCUGGCUGAGGCCGCAAUGCAGAAAUCCAUGUUUGAUCUGGCCGAGGAAUGUUUGGCCCAUGCCCACGAUUACAGCGGCCAGCUUCUGCUCUACAGCUCCGCUGGCAAGGCAGACAAGCUUCAGGGCUUGGCUUGCGACGCCGUGGCCGAGGGCAAGCACAACAUUGGGUUCUUGGCUCUCUUCUUGCAGGGCAAAGCGAGCGAAUGCAUCGACCUGCUGCUGGAAAGCAACCGUGUGGCCGAAGCCGCGCUAUUUGCACGCACCUACGUUCCCUCCCGUGUGGAGGAAAUCACUGCAGCUUGGAAGGAAUCGCUGAGCAAGUCGCGCCCGAAACUGUCGCAAGCGCUGGCCUCGCCCAGCGAGUACGAAAACCUGUUCCCCAACUUCCAAGAGUCGUUGCAAUUGGAGGCUGCUCUCAAGGCACGCAACGUGCAUGCUGCCCCGGCCAGCCAAUACCAGGCCGUGCAAGCCGAGCGUCAGGUUCCUGCUUGGGAGCGAAAUUUGGCUGCUGCUGCUGCCACCACCAGCAGCGCACAGCCCGCCGCGCCUGUGGACGCCGUGUCAGCGCCAGCGCCCGAGGAGGCAGUGGAAGAGGCCGAGGAGCAGGAAAUUGAAGACGAUGAUCUUGACUUUGGUGACGAGGAGGAGGUUGCGGCGCCUGCAGAGACCAUUGAACAGCCCGCAGACGAGCAAGAGGAACAGCCUGAGGAACAGCCUGAGGUUGAUGACCUGGAUGAUGACUUGGACCUCGAUCUGGAUGACGUCGACGCCACAGCCGCGGAUGAUCUGGAUGAGGAUGAUCUCUUGGCUGAUUAAAUGGAAUGCCAGUCAACCAAAGCAUGAACUAGGGCUUUGCAUGCGUCUGCUGCACGUGGUGGAUUAAGCUUGACACUGCUGCCGGAACAUCUGUCGCCCUUUUCACUUGCUCCCUGGUUCUUCACCGAGCUUUGGUUCUUGGCCCUGUUUUCUCGCUUGACCGCAAUGAACUGUGGCAGGAUGGGCAACAUCUACCCACUUUGAAAUUACAUGUUUGUGUCGUUGUUGGCGUGUAUAGCUUGGUUCUUGCGCGUUCGUGGUGGGUUAGUCGAUGGCUCAGGGUCAAUCAUGAGGCGUGAAUCUAUGCCAAAAAUCAUGGCGUGGCUCUCGUGCAAUAUCUCGUUGGGGAGCGCGGGCGGCCAUUGCCUUUCGCGUCCCAUACUUGGAAGACAUACAAUUCAAUUUCAAAUUUUU